AUGAUUACUGGGAUGACAACUCUACCGGGCCGUCGAUACGGAGAGCCAGACUGGGGAAAUCCCUCGAUCCCUGGUGCUAGUGACUGGAAGGACCGAUUCUCCCACCCAGAAGAGCAUCCUGCGCUGGCCUGGUCCACCACUUGCUACGAAGAACAGAGACUUGCAAAGUACAUUCUAGCUUCUCCAGCCAUGUUUCAGUUGCAAAAGAAGAUCCCAGAGCCCACACUCGUCGACUUGGCCAACAAGACAGAUGUGAUCAAGGUCAUUGUGGGACGCGACGAGAAGGCCACCUGGGUGCUGCAUGAGGCCCUGUUCACCGCGGCGUCGGCAUUUGCAAAGGCAGCGUUAUCACACCCAUUCGCGGAGCAUGAACAACGGACCAUCACACUGCCUGAAGAGGAUCCAGCGGUCUUUGCAAUCUUUGUGAAAUACCUGUAUGUUCAAGUCGUCCGUCCUCCUUCGAUGGACACGACCCUUGCACUUUACGUGCUUGCCGAUCGACUCCAGGCCACUGCGCUCUGCAAAAUCAUCUUUGAAGAGCUCUCCUUCCGCCAUGACGAACUUACAGCAGAACAGCUCCAGUAUGUCCUCGACAACACAGCGGCACCCGAUCCCCUCCGGUAUGCCUGCAUGCAGCGCGUCGUCCGAGAGAUUCAAUGCAGAUCCAGCCUUUUGAAUGGUCCGAUCGCGGUAGAUCUCUGCCACCAUCAUGCUCCAGAAAUCCUGGCCAUCAUGAUGGGAAAGUUUCAAGAGGUUAUCCUUGCGCCUGUGGAGGAGGUGAAGGAGGCGGAGGUGAAAUCCGACAAUGCCAACAGAGUCUGCGAUCCUUUCGACCACUCUGCUCUCCUCUCAGACCUGCCGAAGCUAGAAGCUCCCACCCAGAAUACUUCAAACCCAGUCACUUACCCACAACCGUUACCUGCCUGGGACAACCGAUCUGAGACGUCACUGGUACAGAUUGACUCGAAGCUCCCAGCAGAUUCUCCUGCCAGCAGCGCCCCCGUUUGA